CAUAAUCAGUCCACUUGUCUUUGGGAUUUCUCCUUAUAAAAACAUCACUAACUGUGAAAGUUAAAACCACAUCCUCAAAUCAACUCUACCUUUGUUAUCAUCUUCUUCAAUCUUUCAACCUAUAUCGACAAUUAUGUCAAACCAUCUUCAAGAUCCCUUAACCACUUACCCUAAACCGGGUUUAACCAAAGAAGAACAAGAAAUCGACGAGAAAAUGGUGAGCUUGCAAGCGGAGAGUAUAGUCAACGCCGUGGCUUUCCCCAUGGUUCUCAAAGCCGCCUUAGAGCUUGGAGUCAUUGAUACGAUCGCUGCUGCUAGCAACGGCACGUGGCUCUCACCGUCUGAGAUAGCCGUUAGUCUCCCAAACAAACCCACUAACCCGGAGGCGCCGGUAUUGCUGGACCGGAUGCUGCGGUUACUUGUAAGCCACUCGAUCUUGAAGUGUUGUAUGGUUGAAAGCAGAGAAAAUGGUCAAACCGGAAAGAUCGAGAGAGUAUAUGCAGCUGAACCGAUUUGCAAGUACUUCUUGAAAGAUAGUGACGGCUCUGGUUCUCUCUCGUCCUUGUUAUUGUUGCUCCAUAGCCAAGUCAUUCUCAAAACAUGGACAAAUCUCAAGGAUGUGAUACUAGAAGGAAAAGAUGCAUUCAGCUCUGCCCACGACAUGAGACUUUUCGAAUAUAUUAGUUCGGAUGACCAGUUCUCUAAGUUGUUUCACCGCGCAAUGUCGGAAUCUUCCACAAUGGUCAUGAAGAAGGUUCUAGAAGAAUACAGAGGAUUUGAAGAUGUUAACACUUUGGUGGAUGUAGGAGGAGGUAUCGGCACCAUAUUAGGUCUCAUCACUUCCAAGUAUCCUCAUAUCAAAGGUGUUAAUUUCGACUUAGCUCAAGUUUUAACCCAAGCUCCUUUUUAUCCAGGUACAAAACUAUACUUAGUAUAUUUGCUGUGCUAGUAUUACUAACUAAUGUACCUCCUAAAUCUUUUGUAUGGUUUGACUAAUACUAAUGAUAGGAGUCAAGCAUGUCUCCGGAGACAUGUUUAUUGAAGUUCCAAAAGGAGAUGCCAUCUUUAUGAAAUGGAUACUACAUGAUUGGGGAGACGAGGAUUGUAUAAAGAUUCUGAAAAAUUGUUGGAAAAGUCUACCGGAAAAAGGUAAAGUGAUCAUUGUAGAGAUGAUUACACCAAUGGAACCAAAGCCUAAUGACUUUUCGUGUAACACCGUGUUGGGCAUGGACUUGUUGAUGUUAACACAAUGCUCUGGUGGUAAAGAGCGAUCUCUUUCGCAGUUCGAGAAUUUAGCGUUUGCGUCAGGCUUUCUUCUAUGUGAAAUCAUAUGUCUUUCUUAUUCAUAUUCUGUUAUCGAAUUCCACAAAUAAGGAUUUGGAAUUCACGAAUUCUGCUACAUGCUAAGUUUUCUUUUCAAGAUUGUUUAGUGUAUUAUAUUAACAGAUUGUAAUAAUAAUUGUGAAAGGGUGUUUGCUUUAGGUUUGUAAUUGAAACAUUUCUUCUUAUGCUCCGACAACGUUUCUAUAAUGUUUUCUUACUGUAACCUUUGAGUUUGAUUGCACCAAAAAGCACGAGCUAGUAAAUCCC